AUGUCUUGGGAUAUCUUCAUUGCCAGGACAAAUGAGAAGCACUCUGAGGUGGCAGCAUCUUAUAUCGAGCAACCUCAACAACAACAGCAAUCUCAAGAGCAGCAGCAUCCACAGCAGCAACAUGAACAGCAGCACCAACAACAGCAACAGCAACGCUGGGAUGUCCACAUCUUGAAUGGCUCAGCUAAUGGAAUUGUCUGGAAUGAUGCUCUCACGAAACAAAAUAGCGGCACUGCCAAUGCGCCGGCAACAAAAAUGCAUGAGGACAGAUUGAAGUUGUCUGCUCAGACCGAUUCUUUGAAUGAUGCAGCUUUGAAGGAGUUUCUUGAUGUAAAGGCAUUCCAAAGUGCAAUUGAAAAAGCUGCGAUUGCACAGCACUUUGAUCUUCGCAUUGUUAAAAGCGAUCCGAUCCGAGGAACGGCGGUUGUGCUUGAUACGGUGGCUGCCGGAGUGGUUAGUUAG